GAAAUGUCGUCAUGCAUCCCGAAUCAAAUAAAGUUUGUAUUAUGGGGUCUGGAUCAAUUAGGAAUUUUGGAUUGUCUGACUUGUCUAGAGCAGAAAAUAACUAGCAAUAUCUACAUGUAUCCAACUAUAAAUAUAUAGCACAUCUAUACUCUUCUUUCCCAAGUCUACAGACUACAACACAGCUAUAUCUCUAGUAACAGUCUAGCAGUUGGUUAAUCACCUCAUUCUGAAGAAAUGGAGUCUGCCGAAUCUCUAAGGAACAAGUGCCGGGCAUGCUAUAGACAGUUCAACAAAAUGGAGCACCUAGUGGAACACAUGAGGACCUCAUACCAUUCAGGCCAUGAACCCAUGUGUGGCAUUUGUAAGAAACAUUGCCGUUCACACGAAUCUCUCAGGGAACACCUAAUAGGGCCAUUGCCAAAAGUAGAAUGUGAAAGGAUAUUUAAAGAGCGUGGAUGUCACAUUUGUCUUGACAUAUUUAGCAGCCGUAAUGCUCUUAAAGCACACCUUAAUUCAUGUCAGCUCUCACGCACAAAUGUCAAUGGCUUAACAUAUCGCAUGGCAAACUUAGGAAUUUUUGACGACAUGAGAAAUCAUGAAAAUGGAGGUGGAAGAGGAGGAAGAGUGGUUGCACUAGCUUGCAAGAUGGUUGGUGGUGGGAGUGACGGCUCCUUGGAUCUUUGUGCAAGGGUUUGUCUUAUUGAUGAAUAUGAAAACACUAUCUUCCAUACCUAUGUCAGGCCUCACCUUCCUGUCACUCACUACAGGUUUGAAACAACGGGGAUACGACCAGAGAUGUUGAAAGAUGCAAUGGGAGUGAGGCAAGUCCAAAAAAAAAUUCAAGACUUCCUGAGCAAUGGAGAACCAUUAUGGAAGAUCCGUCCCAAGGGUGGAAAAGCGCGAAUUCUUGUUGGUCACGGUUUAGAUCAUGAUCUCAAAUGUUUAGAGGUGGAUUUUCCAGGAAUGAUGAUUAGAGAUACAGCAAAAUAUCCUCCAUUAAUGAAAACCAGCAAGCUCAGCAACUCACUCAAGUACCUAGCAAAAGCAUAUCUUGGUUACGACAUUCAAACAGGUAUACAAGACCCUUAUGAAGACUGUGUGGCAACAAUGAGGCUGUACAAGCGAAUGAAGUACCAACGUCACAAAAUUGAGGACUUCCCUCAAGUUACUGACCCUCAUCGAAAUAAUUUUGCUUCAUGGAGGCAAAAUGAGCUUGAAAGGAUGAGUCCAGAUGACCUGUUAGCACUUUCAAGGUCCGAUUACUAUUGCUGGUGCUUGGAUUCUCGGGAUAUAUGA